GGCAGCCCUCUGUGCCCCCUGCCCGGCACCUUCCGGCGGCAGCGGCUCGUCCCCUCCGCUCCGUGGGGACCCGCGGCCCUCCCGCGCGGCGCUGCCGGUGCCUGGGCCCGUUCCGGCUGGACCCUGCCGGCUCUGCGGUAAAGGGAAUGUCGUUACUACAGAUCAGAAUGAGUCAGGGCUGAGCCCCAUCGGCCUCUUUGGCGCGGGGACCGCCCUUCUGGGGGCUGUAGAAAUGAACCUCAGGUGCGGGAAGGUGCGGGCUGCACCUGCUCGUGUUUCUUGAGGGAGACCUCACAUGGCUGAAAAAUGAGUCUGAAGCAAGAAGGCUCAUUGUGUGCUCAACACUGUCUGAAUAAUUUGCUGCAAGGGGAAUACUUUAGUCCUGUAGAGUUAUCCUCUAUUGCACAGCAGUUGGAUGAGGAAGAAAGGAUGAGAAUGGCAGAGGGAGGAGUAUCUAGUGAAGAAUAUAGAACAUUUUUACAGCAGCCUUCUGUAAAUAUGGAUGAUAGUGGAUUCUUCUCAAUUCAAGUUAUAAGCAAUGCCUUGAAAGUGUGGGGUUUAGAACUAAUCCUCUUCAACAGCCCAGAGUAUCAGAGACUUGGGAUCGACCCUAUAAAUGAAAAAUCAUUUAUUUGUAAUUAUAAGGAACACUGGUUUACAGUUCGAAAGUUAGGAAAACAGUGGUUUAACUUGAACUCUCUCUUGAUGGGUCCAGAACUAAUAUCAGACACAUAUCUUGCACUUUUCUUGGCUCAAUUACAACAGGAAGGUUAUUCCAUAUUUGUAGUAAAAGGAGACCUGCCAGACUGUGAGGCUGAUCAGCUACUGCAGAUGAUUCGGGUACAGCAAAUGCAGAGACCAAAACUAAUUGGAGAAGAGGCAGCACAGUCAAGAGAUCAGAGGCUACCCAGAAGUGAUGUGGACCAAGCAAUAGAAGUUAACCAUCCUUUUGAUGGAACAGGCAUGUUAGAUGAAGAUGAAGAGAAUUUUCAGAGAGCCCUGGCUCUAAGUAGGCAGGAAAUUGAUAUGGAGGAUGAAGAAGCUGAUCUUCGCAGAGCCAUUCAGCUCAGCAUGCAAGGUAGUCGUCGAAGUGAGCUCUCAGGCUCGUUACCGCAGAAUGUUCCUCAGUCGUCUCACAGCAGUCAGACAGAAUCCCUUUCUUCAGAAGAACUGCGAAGGAGAAGACAAGCCUAUUUUGAAAAACAGCAACAACAGCUACAGCAGCAAGAUCAGACGCCAAACCUACAUGAUAAGGCAACUCUUAGCUCAAGCACUCAAGAAGCUGACCCAGGAGGUGAUAUGAGUGAAGAAGACAUGCUUCAAGCAGCCAUGAAUAUGUCUCUGGAAUCUGUUAAAAACCACUUGAAUUCGGAAGAGGAGAAAUGACAUAAUUUUUUUCCCCUCUUAUUGUCAAAACGCUAAGUCUCCAUUAAAAUUCUACCGUGUGAAUGUUGCACAAGCAGGGUUCAUUUCAGAGUUCUGGAAGCAGGAAUGAAAGGGGGGCUGCUGGAGGUCAGAGUUUAGAGGGAAUCUGCAAAUAUGAAAAAGAUCACACUAAUUUAGAAAACUGUAGCACUCCUACUACAAAACAUCUGCUCAAAAAAGUAGUAGUGUUAAAAUUACUGAACUAUUCACAUGAACAAAGUCAGAUGAGUAUAGCAUCUGUAACUUACAUAUAAAAAGCAAGUUUAAAUUGUUUUGAAGAAUUCUGUAUAAGAUAUAAAUGGUGCCAAAACCAGCAUCUACUGAUUUCCUUCAGUACUAACGGAAAAAGAGAUACAAGUAAUAAGUUGUGCUCAUAAAUUAUUAUGUUCCUUUUAAUAAAUCGCUCUAAAAUGGGGAAAAUAAUUAAGUUCUGUUAAUCUUAAAUUUAUUUUGUGAGCUCUGAGUUGAUUAGAGCAGAGUGCUAAUACGGCCAAGGUGAUGGGUUCGAUCCCUGUAUGGGCCAUUCACUUUAGGAGGUGGAUUUGAGGAUCCUUGUGGGUCCCUUCCAACUCAGAAUAUUCUGUAAUUCUGAGUGACUUAACAUCAACUUUUUGAUCCUGCUGUCCAUUUUUGAAAUGACCCAUUCUGCAGGAGAAACAAGAAUCCAUAGAUUUCAUACUUACAAUUCAAGAUAAAAUCUUUAGUGGAUUCUUGAGUAUAAUGUUACUCAUGAAUCUUUCAGUGAUUUCUGACUUCCUAGCACUUUGUGGUUUUACUUUUAAUUCCAACUCUAAAAUUUUAGAUCCAUGUUUAACAUUUUGGGUUUUGGCAGAUAACUUGCCUUAUUUGGUUUGAUGAGGUUUUUUAUAAAUUUUUGUUUGUUAUGUUCUUUCUUGUUAAGCCACUGUCUUUACUACUAAAGUAGGAUACAAUUAAUUGGGUUGAACAGGUUUUCUUUUCUACCUCUUCCAAAGUCUUUUUUUUUCCCCCUUUUCAAGCUCAAACCUUCAUUUUGGCCUUUCAGUAUGAGAGAACUGUAACUGAAUCUAGGAGAAAGGAGGAGGGGAUAUAGGUGCCAUAAAGUCAGUGCCACACACAAGGUGCAUUCCUGCAAUCUGAAAUGACCCCUGUGCAAGUAGCUCUUUUAAGAAUGAAUAUUUAUGCCUGUGUGGAUGUUCUUUCUGAAAUGCUUUUUAUGAGUGUCUGUCAGAAUGUUGCCGUUUUUUCAGGAAUGGCCUUUAUUCACGCACCUUACAAAUUUUUAUCAUGCUGUUUCUGAUCCUGAGAAAAAUUGGGGAGCAAAGUAUGUGAGAUAGCUUAUGCUAUUGGUUGUAAGACAUUUGUUUUGAUAUCCAGGAUGAAUGUGUAAAAGGGUGACCAAACCUGGCUUGGAACUUCAGUGCAACGAAAGAGAUAUGUUUCAUUUUCCUAAAUGGUGCUUGAAAUACAAAUUCUGUUUACAUAUAAAUUAUAUGGAAAUAUGUUGUAGAUAGAGUAUAUAAGCUGUAGUCCAAUUAAAGCAUUAACAGUUAGCACAGGCAUUCUAAGAAUCUUUCAAAGAUAACCCCAAAUUUCUUUAUCAAAAUAUUCUUAAGUUACAUCAUUGCAUUAAAUGUUACAAAAGUAACAUUUAAUUAAAAUUAGUAUGAAAUGAAUAGUAGCUAGAUGGAAAUAUACAUUCAGCAUCAAGUAGUACUGUACAUGAAAGGGCUCUUACCUCUCAGUAAAGAUUUGUUUACAGCAAUGGUUUCCUGAUAGCUUAGGAUAUUAUUAUGUUAUACAUAACUGGGCUAAAUUCUGUUUUCCUUACAUAUGUGCUGAAUUUUCACCAGUGUCACCAGAAUCAGGUAUGUGUAAGACAAUAUGGAUUUUGACAUGAGACUUUUAAAAAACUGAUUUUUGUCUUUUUUUAAAUAAUUCUGUCAUACGCAUUAUAAUUAUUUGUAAUGUCUCAAAUUCAUAUAGUUAAUCAUGGCCAGUCUUCGCGAGCGAAGAUUUGGGAAAGGUCUUUACCCUUCAAGCCUGCGCAGUGGAUUUUUUAGGUGAGACACAGUGUGCGCUGAACUGAGCCCACCCUUUAACCCUAAGGUUCAUCUGCCAGGGCUGAGCGAGCUCGGACGGUGGCAGCGAGGUCCUCAGGACGUAGGUUUGCUUGGAGUGACCUUCUCUUAGAUGGAUGGCCUUGCAGGGCUGAUGAGCUCCAUCUGCCCGGAGAAGUCCCCUGACUGGGAAUCAAACCUGGGCCACGGCGGUGAGAGCGCCACAUCCUAACCACUAGACCACCAGGGGGCCCAAUAUAGUUAAACAAUGGCUUUAAAAGUCCAUGUAUGCAAAUGCCAUUUUGAAAUGCUGUAUUUUUCAGGAUAUACUUUUCUGCUUUCAGUUUAAAAUUUCUAUUAAACGGAAAGCAGGAAAGGUAUCUCUACAGCACUGAAUUAUUUCUUUGCUCAUCUGUAAAUUAAUUGCAGCUUUAAUUUCCGUUUUUUUUGUUGUGCCAUAAACUGAUUCUGAAAUAAGACUAAUUUUUAUAAAUAGGUAUAGACUGGCAAUCUGAUGCCAAUACUUGGACCUUGGACAUUUUAUCCUCUAUUAUAAGAAUAUAAUAAAAAUGUAGCAUUUCUACAACUCUAGCAGCCCUGGAUUAAAAAAAGAAUCUAAGCCCUUGAAUGACAUUAACUGUAACCCAGGCCGAAUACAUGUUUUUUUAACCACUGUAACAGGGAGGUUUGCCUUUGAACUUUAAUGUCACAUUGUAAGUCACUUCAUCACCCAAAUCUUUUAAUAUUGAAGGAAUAUAAAGUAACGAUGCCUGAAAAGCGCAACUGAGAGAGUCAUUACAGGGCUAAUGACAUUCCUUUCUGUGUAGAAACAUUGUCAUUCAACAAAAAACAGUUUGAUUUUCAGUGGAAUGUCAAGUUUAAUGAUGAAGGCAUAUCUGUCUAGUCAAGCAGUUGAGAGAGCAGUUUAAGCUCAUCUGUUAAUUCUGAGCCCUGUCGCUGGAAAGGACCUCUAAGAGACCACCCAUUAACCUAGCACUGCCAAGUCCACCACUAAACUUAAUGUCCCUAAGCACCACAUCCACACCUCUUCUAAAAAGCUCCAGGAAUGGGGGCUGAACCACUUAUUGUGCAGCCUGUUCCAAUGCUGGACAACCCUUUCAGUGAAGAAAUAUUUCCUGAUACCUGAACUAAACCUCCACUGGUGCAACUUGAGGCUAUUUCCUCUUGUUACCUGGGAGAUUGACACCCAUCUCACUACAGCCUCCUUUCAGGAGUUGUAGAGAGUGACAAGAUCUCCUCUGUGCCUCUCCAUUGCACCCAAGGUAAAGAAUAGUAGUAUUUACUGACAGUACAUAUUUUAUAACUCAGGCCUCAACUUCACCUGCCAAGAAGCAGUCAAUAAAACAGUGAUGUCAUUUUUCUGUGUGCAUUCUUUCAGUGAUAAACAGUUCUCAGUGUGGCUUAACUAUGCUUAUAAUAUGUUUACUAAUUUAGAGCCUACUUCCAGUGUUAUCUACUCUGUCAUGCUGAAGGGUUGGGUUUUUUUUCCCAUGUUAUAGCUUUAGGCCAAAGUCCAUUCUAAGGGAGCAGACAGAUUUUUAUUUUAUUUUUUUUAAUUAUGAUAUGAUAUUUGAGGGAAUUUCAGACUUCAUUCAUCCAGCAGUUUUACUGUUUUGCAGUAAAGGGUCCAUGUGACAUAAUUUAUGGUUUGCUGACAGUAGAAAUCAAAGGGGCAGGGGGAAUGAGAGAUACUUACAUUAAAUAUGUUCCAGAAUUAGUUCUGUAAGUGUAAUUCUAUAAACUGCUUUCGCGGUCUUAUGAGGACAGGAGGAAAAAGAGUUGUAAUGCAGUCAUGCCUGCAUGCAAUUCUUGUUAGGAACAGCAGGUAUGAAUAUGAGCUGCUUAAAUGCUUACAUUUUUGUAGACUUGAAACUAAUCUAAUAUCUGACUGGCUUACUCCAACAUUUGGGCUCCUGGUGCCCUUCAAAAAACUUCAGCAAGUUUAAAUUUAAUUUUCAGCCAAGGUACACUUCUUACUUUUCAUACUUUUUUACUUUGCAGACAGCUUAAAAAUAACCAAUACAAAUUCAAAUCUAUGAUGUGUUUUAAUGUUGGGCUAUUGUUUCUAUUACAGACUUACAAAGUGGUAGGGGGCUAAAAUGGCUUCUGCAGGUGCCUAGUAAACAAUUCUGUUUCUGUAUCUCAGACAAAUACUAUCAUUCGCAAGCUGCUUUGUUUUAUUACAAAACUGACAGGCUUUUAAAAAUGAACAAGAACAUGAUACAGUUUUAAGAGUCUGUGAUUUUUUUAAAAUUAAUUACUGUUUCAAAUAAUGAUGAAAACAUACAAAUGGUGUGCUUUGUACUGAAAAACCCAGUACAGGGGGAUGGUAUAGGAGAACUCUAGAACUCAGACUUAUACAGAAAUAGUAUUGUGCAAUUCAUGUUACCAGCAUGUCACUUUUAAAGGAAUCAAAGUAAGAAUCCAAGGAAAAGAAAAAUUGAUGUAGAAACUUUCUUCAAGGGCUUAGACAGAAAAUUAUGUUGUGCACUUUGUAAGCCAUUACUGUCUUGCAUAAAACAAAUUUAACUCCUGGUAAAUCUUGAUAGUUACUCACAAAUCAUUACCCAAAAAAAAAGAGGAAACAAAGUCUAACCAGUAAUACAUAUAUACCUAUUCCCUUCCCACACAGAAUCAGUAGGUGAGAGUAAUACUCAAUACAUUCAAAGUUGCUAGAUCCAAAUAUUUAGUUCUUGAGUUUCAAGGUGGUUGUAGCUUUGUGUUAUAUCCAGGUUUUCAUCUUACAAGCAUGAGCUGUUUUGCAAUAAACCUUUUUAACCUGUAUACACACAUUUUGCCUUAUUUGCAUUUCAGACAUGGAGGGAAUGCUGUAGUAUUUAACCUGCCAUAGUCAUCUUCCCCAAUCACUGUUCUUCAGAAAGUUAGUACAUGUGACUUUUCAACUGCUUUUACCAAAUCAAAAUACUUUCACUUUAUUUUCUUUGUUAAGAAAAGCAAAUAAUUGUAAUUACACUUUGCUUUUAAUCCCCCCCAUCCUCAGUAUAGCCACUGUGGGAAUUCAGGAGGGGACUUAUAAAAUGGUUUGAACAGAAAGGGAUGUAAUAUUUAAAUGCCACUGUGCAAAAAAAAAAAAAAAAAGAGAAAAACCUUGAUACUGUCUUUAAAGCAUGCAAGCAUUGAUAAAAUUUUAUUUUUUGCUACAUGAAACCCCCUGUGUACAAAGCAGUGUAGAGGAUUUUGUAAGGGAUUUUUUUUUUCAUCUCUUGCCUAAUAGUUGUGUAUUUUAGAAAUCUUAUUUCAGUAAUAGUUUUGGGGUUUUUUUGGUCAAGACUCUGUUUUCAGUAUCAUGUCCUUGGCUCUGGAUUCCUGUAUAAUUUUUGUCUAUUUUGUGUAUAUAAAGCAUAGAAUACUGAAAAGAUUAAAAAGGGAAAGCGGAAAUGCUUAGUCAUUGUUUCGACUGGAAAAUGGCAGCGCUGUUCGAUAUUUUGAAAAUGCUCUCCAAAUAGGCAUGAAUAUAUAUGGUUGUAUUUGAUAUCACUUUUUUAAAUAAAUAUGAUUAUAGCUUCUAA